AUGUCCAUGUGGCAGGGUGACAAGGGUGAACCCAGCGCAGCAGGAACUGGCAUCAAAGGAGAACCGGGGACACCAGGACUCCCAGGCCUAUCAGGAUUCAAGGUACUAAAGCUACCCAACAAGAGGCUGUAAACUAGUCAGAAAAGACUACCUUGGUUUAAUAAUAUCGUGGAUGCCACUUAAAAUGUGUUCUCUUUUCCAGGGUGACAAAGGCGACCAAGGUCUCAAGGUGAGAUGGGAACUUUUUGUAGCCUCAAUUGACAUUUUUGCCCAACAUGAAAUGUAUGAUCACUUAACAUUAUCCUGUCAUUUGCUCAAGUAACGUUCCCUCCCAUCCUGUUAGUGUUGAAUACUGUAUUGAGGUUGAUAAUUGAAAAGGGAGAGGCUAACUGUCUAACCUUUGAUCAUCCUCCAGGGGGAAGCAGGAUCUGAUGGCCCAGCUGGACCAAGAGUAAGUACAGGCUCUGUCAUGCAUAAAUGCUAAUGAAAGAUUUGCACAAAUGAUUUAUUAUGAUUAAUACACUCUUUUUCUCCCCAACUUUAUAGGGUCCUCCAGGUGCAGCAGGGGAGCCAGGAAAAUCAGAAAUCAUCAACAAUGAAAAUGUACGUCACCAACUAUUUACUGAUUUAUGUGAUGAGCCUGUGUUUGAUUCAAGUACUGUAAUUGUACCAGGACUUCUAACAUUGUGUUUUUUCUCCUUAGGAUAUUCGGAAUGUACCUUUGAUGGUGAGUGGUGGUCUCUAAAGUCUGUUAAUGAUGCAUUAGAAAUGUAUAGGCCUUCUUUGUUCAGGUCUGUGUAAGAAACAGACAUCCAUGUGAUCAGACAGACAAUUUAAAGGCCUACUGUAAUUCCAAUACAAUGUUUGCUAUUAUAAAUACAGUACUAGACAUACAGUAUAUGUUUUCAAUGAGUCAUUCUGAGUCAGUUUUCAAUGAGUCAGUCUCUUUAUCUAUCCAGGGCCCACCUGGACUACCUGGCCCUCCAGGGGUCCCUGGAACACCAGGAACAAAGGGUGAAGUUGGCCUUCCAGGCCCUUCAGGUCUUGACGGAGAGAAGGUUAGAGCGCCCCCUAUUGUGUAUUGUCCAGUAUACAUGUCCAAUUGUACAGCUGUUAUGAAUGAUAAAACACAACAUCAACAACAACAUGGUGAUGGCAAUUAUGAUUAAAGUAAAGACAACAGCUGCAAUUAUGUCUAUUUUGUGUGCCAGGGUCCUCGGGGGAAGCCUGGAGAGCCAGGUCCUGUUGGCCCAGCAGGCCCUGAAGGUCCCAGAGGGGAGGGAGGCCUGAUGGGUUUCUCAGGACCCAAAGGAGACAAGGGGGACAUGGGUCCCUCUGGAUCACCUGUGAGUGACUGGGGAACCACAGACCCACACCACACCACUACACACACUCCCACACCAAAGCCGGAGCACUAUCAUUAACUAGAGGGAAGGGAGGCCCCUAGCUCUUUGUACCACCCUCGUAUUAUCUAAUUAGAGACCUUCUAUAGGCUAUAGUAAUAUAUCUACUCCAGUUCAGACGGUGGAGUGGGCUAUAUUCAUCAGACCAUGUAGCCAAAACAUACUGCAAGACUACGCCAUACUGUGGGAAUGGCUUUACCAAUGUGUUAUGGUUAUUAUGAGGCGACCAUGCAGUGUUAAUCAUAUAUGUACUGUAUUUUUAUUAACCAUGAAUUGAUUGUUUGAAAAGAGUUGUCUCAGUGCUUUGAUUCGAGCAGUCUGGGUGGGUAGACUCUGAGAAAGGAUGGGCAACAUUGCGUCCCUCAUUGUGGGCAGUUUCAUGUCCUCACAGCCACGAGUUGGAGAUAGCUACCAAGCCCAAUAUCAAGAAUUGGUUGUAAUUCAUUGUAAUAUUUUGACGCCUUCAAGAUCGAUUUUGGCCUCAUAACAUCUGAGAAAUGAGAGAAAAGUUUCUAUUAACAAAAUUAUUUUUAAAAUGUUUAUAUUGAUUGACACUUUAAUAUGGAAAUUAUCACACAAAAAAACAAUCCCCGAUUUGGACGCAUUGCCAAUAUUUUAAUGUCUAUCACUAUCUCCCCUUUCCUUGUUCUAUAGGGUUUAGACGGCCCUACUGGUGAAAAGGGGGUUUCUGGGUCCCCCUGGCCCCAUUGGAUUACCAGGCACAAUGGUACGCAAUGGUGCCCCUCAGACUGCAUCUGACCGUACAGUAUGAAGUGUCUGACCUGGCUUAGGGGAGCAGUGAAAUACUGUUGAGAAUGCUAUUCAUCUGUACAGUGCUGCUUGGGUGUACAUUAGUGUUUUAUUCAAUCUAACUAUGAUGAGAGUUGUCUAAGUUAACCUUGUAUCUUGAUGCUUCAGGGUCAGAAGGGCGAGUCCGGAAAUAAGGGAGGAAGGUCAGACAUGGUAAGUGCUCCCCACUGCUGUGUAUCUCAUUGUUUUUAAUGACCCAUGCGUGUUUGAGUGGACUUGAGAGGGUCAGAUUCAGAGGAUUUGUUGUUAGAGUGAACCCACUAAUGAAGGAGUGUAUCAUUGAUGACUUUACCUGGUGUUUGUCUGUAGGUCUAUGGUCCCCCAGGGCCUCCAGGGCCCCAAGGACCAGUUGGCCCCGCAGUGAGUACACUACAGUCGGCACGUUACAGUCGGCACGCUAUCCUGAUAAUAUGUCACAUUUACAUGAAGUGAUUGACAUAUCCUGACUGGAAUUGUGUCUUUACCCCUCAGGGACCCGAAGGACUGGGAGGGCCAAAGGUAAGAGUUGGUUGUGGUAGCCUCUGUUAUGUCUUACUGUACCUCCAGAAUAAUUUGAUACUGUAGUUAACAGUAGCUAUAUGUAUUGGUUUUAGUAAGUGAGUUUAAUGCCUAUGUAGUAAACAUCAGUAAUAACUUUUCUGUGCCUCUUUUAGGGGGAGCCAGGCAUAGGCAUACAGGGAGAGAAGGGAGCAUCUGGUUCGAAGGGCGAUAAAGGGGACAGGGGCCAUCUUGGACUUCCUGUAAGUACACCAAUCAAGAGCGACACCAUUCAAUCCCUAUGUAGAUUGUAUCUGUGCUGUUGUUGGUGUUUUCUAAUUCCCUUUGACCAUUUUGCCAUUAGAAAUUGUAUUUCCACUCCUGGAAACCACAGUAGAGUGGGCAUACUGUUUGUUCACUUUUGUUUCUUAGAACCAGGCAGCAUGACUGUUCUGUUGUCAUAUGUCGCUUUGAAACUAGGCCUAACUCACCAAGGAUGGUUUCAUGGCUCAGCAGUUGCAUUAAUGUUGUCAAAGUGCAUGGAUGGAUGGUUGCUGCAAUCCAAUACACAUGGGCAAUACAAUCACUAAUAUGAAAACUAAAAAAUGAAAUCUACAUUACACAUUACCAUUGUCAUAUGUAAUAUGUUCAGAUAACCCAAUAAUGAUAAUUAUGUGUUAGAAAUAGUUAAUGAUAAUUUUCUUUAUUUUGCCAACUUUUUUCUGAUAAUCUCUGAAAUGUUGUUAAUGUAGUCUCUUAUAGUUCUAUUUUUAGUUGCAUGUCAAGGAAUAAGUUUGAUAUGUAUCACUGGGGUCUCUUUUCCUUACUUCUGGUUUACUUCUUGGGUGUCAAAGGUCAUUGCUGACAGUCAGUACAUGUACUAGUCACAUCAUCAAUGGCACAGUAACUCCUUUUAUAUGGAAAUUAUGAGGAAUAUUAUGUAUAUGUAUGCUAAUCAAUGUUAAUACAAGACAUGCUAUUUGCAAAUCAUCAUAGAGACUCAUAUCUUCACACUUCUCUACAUACGUGAUUCAAACUGCUUUCAAUAUGGGCAUCAACCGUAGAAAGAAGUUGAACCAUGCAUAUGUAUCUGAAAGACACUGAAAACAAUUUUAUCAAAUGUCAGGACUUAAUUAUUUGAUAGUGAUAAUCAACUGCACCUAUAAAAGGAGUUACUGACAGUUACUGUUUCUCACGUCAUCACAACACCAUCACCCUUCAUCAACAACUGGAUGUGGUUUUUUGAGUCACACGAAUCACUGCUUCACUCACUCACCCACCCCCCCCCCAACCCUCUCCACACCCCUUCCCCCUCUCCCACCACCUCCCUCCCAUCUCUCCACACCUCUUCCCCCUCUCCCACCACCUCCCUCCCAUCUCUCCAUCUCUGCUCUCUAACUGUUUACACACUGUCCAGGGGGCUCAUGGUUUAGACGGCAGGCCUGGUCGAGUGGUGAGUGGCGCAACACACACUCCUCCCCUACCCCGCCUCUCCUCCCCUAUUCUGCUCCCCCACCACUUGUCUGUCUUGCCUGUCUGCUUGCUUUCCUCCAUGCUUGUCCGGUUUUGUUAUCUGUCUGGUUGUCUGCAGAGAGAGCAGUUCUGUUUUUAGGCACUCUUCGAGGAUUGCUCUGGCAUAGGGAUGAUGUUCACAUGACUGUGUCCCAUGUCUGUAUGGCAAUGGAACGGGUCAGGGUACUAAAAUGGGCCCUUUGAUAGGUCUGCUGUCAAUACUUAGAAGCAGUAGAGAGCAAGAAAUAGUCCCCUUGUUCAUUACAUGCCGAAUCCUAUCUUGAGAUUUGCAUGUGUAACCCAGACUUCUGCCUAAAUCAAGUUGUCAAUGGAAGAUUUAUAAGGACAUUUGAGUUACGCAAUCAGAUCUCAAGAUUCAGCCUACUUGCAUAAAGUCAUGGCAAACUGUUUGAGCGUCAGAGUCCAUGCCAUUGCAAAUCUUCAAAACAGGUGUCUAAACAGUGUCUCUCCUGCAGUGUAAAGCUUUGAACUGGCGUUGUGAUGUCAUACCAGGAGAGCAUGCUGGGAUGCUCAUGCUGCAUGUUGAUAUGUAUACAGGACGGUAUGGCAAUAUGGCUCCGUCAUGCUAUAUGCUGUACAUGCUGUAUUAUCUGCCUGAGAUGCAAGGUCCUCCUGUCGAAUCCUGACGUCCACACACAGAGAGAGCUGCAGCUGAACUCUUUUGCUCAUCAUCAAUGUUUUUCUCCUUUUUUGUUACUGUUCAUUCUUUAGCUCAACAAGCUUGGUGUAACAUGCACAGUGGGAUAACCUAGAGAAGACCACUACCUAAUCAAUCAAUAGGUUAUUAUUUGAUAAUGAUUAACCGAGACAGAAUUGGAUAACUACAAUUUUUUGCACUUAAAGACAUGCUCCGGUACUUUGGCGACUAAGAAAGUAUUGUUUAAACCUCCUGCUUCGGCCUGGAUGUGCCAAUGUGUAGUUCAUACAUGCAUAAUCUAUGAGCAGAAUUAUGGUCUUACCUCAAUUAGCCACGAAAUCCCUAGUUUGUAAGCAUUUGUUUUCUUGAAGCUGUGCCGUGCCAUUUUCUCUACAUUUCCCCCCUUGUGGGCCAGCCCCCUAGCCAUUUUCAGGGACCACUUUUGGCUCGUCAGUGCUACUUUUAGAACUACUGGCUAAAAAGUAUACAAAGGUACUGGAGAAUCUCUUUAAGUGCUCCAGAAAGCUUAUUGAGCUAUUGAUGAUGGAAAUGCAAUAAUCUAUUUUCCUUUUGAUGUCCUCCCAUUGUAAUGUCUGUAUCCACUGAUGGUCUGUCUUGUCCUUACCUUACAGGGUCUGAUAGGACCAGUUGGUGUGGCAGGGCCAGCAGGACCAAAGGGAGAUAGAGUGAGUUACUCACAUUACUGAUCAUCACACACACACCCACACAUAAAAGUAGCACACACCACAUAAGAGCUUUCAGUCAAAACAGCUUAUUUAUCUAUUUGAGAUUAAUUGUUUAUUUGUUCUUUUUCAGGGUUUCAAGGGAGAUUCAGGUGUCCCAGGACCAAUUGGGCCUCAAGGCAUCCCUGUAAGUAGUUUGUACAAUUACCUAAGUAUCAAGAACAUAAAUACAGUAUUGCAUUUCCAGCAUUUCAUUUAUCAAGUGAACAAUAUCUUGAAUAUCUGAAAGACAAUCAAUGGCUACAUGUUGAAUGAGCAAUUUGGGGAACAUUGUAUAAUUAUUACUUUAAUGUGACAGAGAAAACAUGAAUCUUCUCUUAAUCAAGUCUGAAGGAAUGAAUGGAUCAAAUUGAUUGACAGCACAAAGCUAUUACUCACGGUAACAUCUCUAAUUGCUUGCACAGGAAAUCAUAAUGUGUUUAAUUUCCUCUUCUCAGGGUUUAGUAGGACCACAAGGAUUCAAAGGGAACCGGGUAAGACAACAGUUUAUAAUGAUGUGUCUUCUGGAGCAAAAUGUUAUUGUUCAAACCACAGGAUGAUAACAUCUUCUGUGCUAAUUAUGUACAUUUAGUACUUCUGAUAAACUAUGGGAUUUAAAAUGGCUGCUGAUCCUCCAUGCUCCUACUCAACACUAGAUAUUAUUCUCCCACGUAUUCUUCAUUGAAAAGCACUAGUCAUUUUUCAUUCGUCUUUUUGGUUAUUCAAGAUCCAUAAUAGUUGUUCAAUUGCAAGCCCAUUGGGAUGUCAUGUUUUGGUAAGCUUAAAAGCAUGGUGGGCCUGUAUUAGGUGAUAUGAGCAGGAACAUGGUGGGCCUGUAUUAGGUGAUAUGAGCAGGAAUAUCAAUAGCGUCUUCUUCUGAAUAUCCCAUUACUCCAGAGGAAAAAAGAGAUGUGCUCUUUGAUAGCAUGUGUGAAUGUAUGUGAUUCAUAUAGUGAAAGUGACCUUCAAUGGUCUUUUAAAUGAUGUUUGAAGAAAUUAUGUUCAUAUGUCCUUUGCCUUUGAGGCGAAUGUAUUUGUUUUGCAGUGGCCUUUUUACCUCAGAGUUCAAUGAUUCUUGUUCAAAUAUGCAAAUAUGACUGAGAUCAGAGUCAGAGAUCAAAAGAGAUUGAAGAUGUUCAACCUUAAUAAUUAGAUGACUGGAACACAUCAAAGACCUUACAAAAUGACAUGCUAUUUACUCUGAAGACCAGUCAAAACGUUGUCUUACAUGGCGUCCUCUUUUAAAUUGUCCUUGGUUUACCUUGUACCGUCGUAUCUGAAUAUUUUGUUCUUACUUAAAGUAAUAACAGAAUGCUACACUCUCAUUUUGUAAAAUAGCCACUGUAAAAUAAAAUAGGAAUCUGCACUUUAAUUACACCAAUGUAUUAAAUCAUAUUUUACCCAUGUCCCCCCCCCCCCCCCCCCCCCUUCCCCUUAGAGAAUGUUUGUUUCCUUCCUAUUAACAUCUGAUUUAAUAUUCUGACUCCCUCCUUAAAAGUCACGACAUGUCAUUGACCCUCUCAGCACUUCCAACUGGGCUCAUGUCAGCAAGAAAUAUAUGACAUUGACAGUUAUGGCUACUUCCUAUCUGUGGAACAAAUGUAUUCACUGCAUUGGGGUGUAAAGAAGGGAAAAAGAGAUAGAUAUUAUGAGGUAUUUUGCUAGACCGGUUGGAGGUGCUGUGGCCGGCUGUGGGAUCGUGGUGCUGUUUUUACUCUUGUCCUGUCUUCCUUUGUUUCCGCAGGUCUUCCUAUCCCCUUUUCCUCCCCUCCACCCUGCUCUGUUUCCCGUGGCUCUUUUUGCCGGGUCGUGUUGCCCUCUCUCUCCCUCUCACACAUCCUGGCAACCUGCUCCUCCUGCAUUCUAAUGUCGUAGUCCCGGGUUAAUCUUCCUCCUUCUCCUCUUCCUCAUCUUCCUCAUCCUCCUCCUUCUCUUACCACUUACUUUCCCUGCAAGCCUGUAAUCUCCUCUCCCUUGGUUGACAAGUAAUGUUCCCACAAUGUUGCCACAAUGUUGGCCAGUGUUGAUGGUUUUCAGGCAACAUUGAGGCGAAGUUGUGAGAGCGCUACAUGUUUGCCAGGGUUUAUUAUUCCUCCAAUUCCAAUUCCUUCUUGGUAAACUCGUCCAACUCCUAAUCCAACCCAUUCAAAUGCCUUGAUCUUGGUGAGCGGAUUUUUGAAUGACAAUGUGGUCAGGUUUUUAUCCAUUUUGAUCACUAUAUAGAAUAGUUUGCAAGGUUUGCUUUGGUUGGAAAUAUUUGAUCUGCUCCCAGUAGAGAACUAGGUUAAUGAAUUUAGAAUUUAUUGUAAAUCAUACAUUGUCAUGGAGGCACGAUGCACCUGGAAAUAGAACUGUAACUUCAGCAGUAAAGGAAUGGCGUUUCUUGAAAGAAAGAUAUUAGCUUUUGAAAACUGUAAGUGGCUUGUUUACUUGUAGCCAGCUAGUAGCCAGUCCAGCCACCUUCAGUGUACUCAAACAACAGUGUCUUUCUGUUUCAUCAUUUGGUUUUCAUUUUCGGAGAAUGGAAACUGUAUUUUUUGGAUUGGGAUGAUAAGGGAAAACAGUAGAACUAUACUAUUUCUGGUAUUUCUAUGCCAUAUUUUGCACAAUGCCGGCUUGAUAGAAUGCAAUUGUUAUUGUGAAACCUAUAGUUGGGCAACUGGACAUAAUCAAUGUUGUCUUUACUCAAAGGAGGGCUUGUGGGUAUGUUCUUUGCCAGGUCUAGAGUACAGUAUGUGCUAUGAAACAUGAUGGUCAGUCACUCGCAGUAGAUGACAAUGCACCACAGAGAGUUCAGCAAAUUUGGUAAAGCCUGCUUUAUAAAUAUAUGAAAAUUAACAUAUUGUUAUGGUACUAUGUGGGUCAUCAAGUUUAUGUUGUGUUAGGGCUAGUGAUACCCUCGUAAUAAUAUAUAGUAGUUGAUGAACCAAUGAAGUGCAACAAGUAUGUGAAGGUUACAUUAGGCACUUAAGGAACCCGCUCACCAAUAGCAUUGGCCUGAAUCCCUACUCCCUAACUCCCUCCACUUACUUUCCCACCACCAAAUUCUUAAACUUCAGUAGUCUUCUUCGUAAACCCAAAAAAGCCCAUCAAUCUUUAAAUACCUGUAAAAUGUCUAAAUUAGGUAAGAAGUCAAGCUUCAUGAUUGUGCUUUUGAAAAACACACAUAUUUGCUUACUGUGUGGAUGAGCCAGACAGGAGGAACUAAAAGCCUGUAUCUUGUAAUGCACUGUUGUUUGCAGGGAGAGAGGGGCAAGAAAGGCAACAGGGGAACCAAAGGGGAUAAGGGGGACCAAGGAGCACCCGGAUUAGAUGCCCCCUGUCCGUUGGUAUGUCCUGCGUUCAAUGUGCAGCCAGGAGGCAAAAGGAAGGAUCGACCCUCAGAAUACCACAUAACCUGCACUGACAAUCAGGAGUCUCUGGAUUCUGAUCCUGACUUCCUUUUGCCUCUUAACCGACUCUAAUAGACCCUGAAGUGGUUUUGGUCCAAGCGUCCUCUACAGUAUUAGUCCAGAGAUACAAACUGCAACAGCGAUGAUCAUUUGAUAUUCAUUGAAUGACUAGAUUAUUAUUAGUUAAGAUGGAGAAUGAAUAAUCACCCCAGGACCAGGGACCAUAAACCAUCAGAGGGGGUUUUCUUUUCAGGGGUAAGACUAACAGGAACAUGGCCCACUCUCUCCAUUGAAUCCGUUCCUGUCAGUCCCAGGCCGCUUGCAUGUUUAAGUGUGUCUGUAGUUACAGGCUUCGGUCUGCUCAUGGAGCGGCAGCAGGUCCUCUCAUUGGCCAGCAGGGGGUACUGCUGCUAAAGGAGGGGCAAUGUGCAGAUGUUUACAAAGUUGAUUUCACAAACAGGGUUUCAGAGGCUUUAAAGGAGAAAAGGGUGAACCGGGCCUACCUGGCCUGGACGGGCUGGAUGCCCCUUGUCCUGUGGUAUGCUUCCUCUCUUCCUUCCCUAUCCAGCACUUUGGCUUCCAUAACCACCCAUAACAAUUCCUUUCACUCUCUUAAUCACUUUACUGUAGGUAUGAGUAAAAGCUUAUAUAACAGGGCUGCAUGAAAAUUACAUUGAACUAACACAAUAGUAUCGUUAGUUAUGUAAUGGGUUAUUACCCAAAAAAGCAAUGCCUUUAUUAACUGAGUAGGCAUGCACACACUUGAAGUUCUUGAUCAAGAUGGAGCUAUUUACUACAAAUACUGCUAUAACACUUGUUUGGAUAAACUGUGCUUUUUGCUAACAUUAAUAAUUGAUUUGCUGAGAAUGUAAUACUUUUUUUCUUGCAAGGGCAGCAGAACACCUACACUAAUUAGUGGUGUGCGACAUAAUCUAUUUUCUUGAUCAUAACCCAUGAUCCAUUCAGUGACUUCUAUUUGAAAAUGUCAAAUACUCUUGAUAGUUAAUAGCCUUGCUUUUCAUUAUUUGUGUCCCUGUCUCCUUCACUACCACUCGCAUGGCACCCUUUCCCCAACUUAUCCCUUACCUUUUUGGGCAACAGAACUGUAUUGGGAAAGAUUAUCUUGGAAAAACCAGGGCUGCCUCAUUGAUUUUCAUUUAACCCUGUUUUGAGUUUGUGUAUUGAAAAGGAGAAGGGGAAUGGAAGGUUUGAUUAAUUCAUAGAAGUUGCCAGAUUAAAUAAAAUAACAGCCCAGUGGCUGGGCUUAAACCCUAUUUCUAAAUAAAUGUUUGAAUUAAUUUAGACUAUAGAGUCAUAUUUUCACACAUACACAUCUACUACUGUACCUGAGCAAUGGAGCAAAUGGAGCAGCUGCAUCGUAAGUUUUUACCAGAAAAUGAUCAUGAUCCAUUUGUUAUUUUCCAUGAUUAGUAAUGUUUUGAGCUAAUAUGUAUUAAAAUAGAUAUGUCAAUUUUAUAUAUUAUAUAAUAAUGAACCGAUUGCAUUUUGCACUCUGUCCCCUCGUCGUCUCAAGAUUAAUUGUUUUGAUCACUCGAAAGUUUUUCUUCGCUCCCGCGCGCCACUGUUUUAGUUCGCGCGCCACUGUUUUAGUUCAGUGCGGUUAGAAAGCACUAUUUGCACGACUGGUGUAUAAAAUGAAAAGGCACCUCCAAAAGAAAAUAGUUUAUCUAUUUUGUUGUGCUGUUGUUACAUUUGUAUCGUUGUUUCAUGUCCGAUGGUGUUGGUCCAAUGGUGUUGUUACAUAUCAUUUGAGCGGCAUGCACCGUAUAUCAUUUCAUUUUGCCUGAGCACCGCCCGGGCAUGUCUUGGCUGUAUCGCAGCCCCUGAUUCUGAGUAGCCUCCAUCAGCCUACCAAAGGUUGCAACCUUUGCAGAAAACUGCAUGUCCAGUAGCUUGCGGGCUGUCAAUAAGUAGCUUGCAUUUGAGAAUGAUUACAUGAUUACAUCUGGGAAAUAAUUUCACUCCCCAAGCUGUUUACAGGCAUUUAACACCAUUCUGCAUUUUGCGAUAUAUUUUCUCAACAUCAAUCGGUUAAAUCACAUUGUUAAACUGUUUUCAUUCAGUUACAAAAGUAACAGUCCUGGGUGGGCCCGAUAUGCAAGCGCAUCGUGGUCGCUUUGCAGUUACAACGUAGUCAAGCUGUGUAGGCUAAAUAUUCAUACCCCUUGACUUUUUCCACAUUUUGUUAUGUUACAGCCUUAUUCUAAAAUGGAUAAAAAAUGAAGAAAAAAAAACUCAGUAAUCUACACACAAUACCCCAUAAUGACAAAGCGAUUACAGGUUCUUAGAAAUGUUUGCAAAUCUAUUAAAAAUUAAAAACGGAAAUACCUUAUUUACAUAAGUAUUCAGACCCUUUGCUAUGAGACUCGAAAUUGAGCCCAGGUGCAUCCUGUUUCCAUUGAUCAUCCUUGAGAUGUUUCUACAACUUGAUUGGAAUCCACCUGUGGUAAAUUCAAUUUAUUGGACAUGAUUUGGAAAGGCACACACCUGUCUAUAUAAGGUCCCACAAUUGACAGUGCAUGUCAGAACAAAAACCAAGCCAUGAGGUCGAAGGAAUUGCCCGUAGAGCUCGGAGGCAGGACUGUGUCGAGGCACAGAUCUGAGGAAGGGUACCAAAACAUUUCUGCAGCAUUGAAGGUCCCCAAGAACACAGUGGCCUCCAUCAUUCUUAAAUGGAAGAAGUUUGGAACCACCAAGACUCUUCCUAGAGCUGGCCGCCGGGCCAAACUGAGCAAUUGGGGGAGAAGUGCCUUGGUCAGGGAGGUGACCAAGAACCCAAUGGUCACUCUGACAGAGCUCCAGAGUUCCUCUGUGGAGAUGGGAGAACCUUCCAGAAGGACAACCAUCUCUGCAGCACUCCACCAAUCAGGCCUUUAUGGUAGAGUGGCCAGAUGGAAGCAACUCCUCAGUAAAAGGCACAUGACAGCCCGCUUGGAGUUUGCCAAAAGGCACCUAAAGACUCUCAGACCAUGAGAAAGAAGAUUCUCUGGUCUGAUGAAACCAAGAUUGAACUCUUUGGCCUGAAUGCCAAGCGUCAUGUCUGGAGGAAACCUGGCACCAUCAGUGAAGCAUGGUGGUGGCAGCAUCAUGCUGUGGGGAUGUUUUUCCGCGGCAGGGACUGGGAGACUAGUCAGGAUCGAGGCAAAGAUGAACGGAGCAAAGUACAGAGAGAUCCUUGAUGAAAACCUGCUCCAGUGCUCUCAGGACCUCAGACUGGGGCGAAGUUUCACCUUCCAACAGGACAACGACCCUAAGCACACAGCCAAGACAACGCAGGAGUGGCUUUGAGACAAGUCUCUGAAUGUCCUUGAGUGGCCCAGCCAGAGCCCGGACUAGAACCCGAUCUAACAUAUCUGGAGAGACCUGAAAAUAGCUGUGCAGCAACGCUCCCCAUCCAACCUGACAGAGCUUGAGAGGAUCUGCAGAGAAGAAUGGGAGAAACUCCCCAAAUAGAGGUGUGCCAAGCUUGUAGCGUCAUACCCAAGAAGACUCGAGGCUGUAAUCGCUGCUAAAGGUGCUUCAACAAAGUACUGAGUAAAGGGUCUGAAUUGUUAUGUAAAUGUCAUAUUUCAGAUUUUUGUUUUGUUUUUUGCAAAAAAUCUAAAAAACAGUUUUUGCUUUGUCAUUAUGGGGUAUUGUGUGUAGAUUUAUGAAGGGGAAAAAAACAAUUUAAUCAAUUUUAGAAUAAGGCUGUAAGCUAACAAAAUGUGUAAAAGGUCAAGGGGUCUGAAUACUUUCCGAAGGCACUGUAUGUGCCCAUGUAGCUCAGUUGGUAGAGCAUGGCGCUUGCAACGCCAGGGUUGUGGGUUCGAUUCCCACGGGGGGCCAGUAUGAAAAUGUAUGCACUCACUAACUGUAAGUCGCUCUGGAUAAGAGCGUCUGCUAAGUGACUUAAAUGUAAAAUGUAAAGGUAUAUGCCAUAUGAAAAAGCACAGAAUAAUUUGUAUCUCGAUAAAACAAACAGUACUUCAAAAAAGGGGCCAAAAUAAUCCCAUGUUGGAGGAAAAGCGGAAUGGUCCAUUAAUAUGCUUGCUGAGAAUACACUUUUGUUAUUCCUCAUACUGUUCAUGAUUAUUCUGUUUCUUCGCUAUUUGAGUCAAAUAGGUAGCCUGCUCACUGUGGUUGUUGUUCAAAAUGACAAUUUUCAAAUAAUUGCAAAAUAAUUGAUAAUACCCUAGUCCUGUUACUGCAGGCUACAUAUUUGUUCAAAUGUAAAAAAAAAAAAAAAAAAAAAAAAAUCCUUUAUCAUUUAAUAAGGAAAGAUUCUCAAGGUAGGCUACAGUAUAAUGAUUUUUGUGGUUUUAAGAAACAAAACACAAUUAUAUUAUGUAUGCAGUGCUGCUCUUUGUUUCUAUUUAUCAAAUUAGGCCUACACAAUAAGAAAAUAUACAGGCUGUAUAUGAGUAGCUCGCAACUUUUCUUUUUUGUAUGAAGUAGCCUUUAUGAAAGAGAUGGUUGGAAACCCCUGCUCUAGCCCAAACUGUUCAAAUAUGACCCAUAUUACCGGAGCUACAUUUUAUUAUAUUUCUGUUGCAGAUUCUGUGCCACAAUUUAUGGAUAUAUAUAGAUGCCAAAAAAAUGAUAAUUUCAUCAUGAAAAUGAUAAAUUAAUAAUACGUUGGCUAUAUUAUUUUUAUGUGAACAUUAAAUAAAUCCAGUUGGAAUUUUCAUGUUGACAGUUCUUGUUCAAUGCCCUUCCAGAUAUCACUGCCAUAUUGAGAGAAAAAAUAGUUUAAAGAUAAACCAAAGUUCAUAUUUGUAAUUGUACUACAUUAUUGUGAUCGCAUUAUUUGUGAUAAAAAAGAAGAUGAAAACUCAAUGUGCAAUUAAACAGUGCUUUUUAUUAAUCUACCAAGUGCAAAGUUGAAAUUCAAAUCCUUAUUGGGUAAAACAAUAUUAUUCCUGCAAAUUUGUAUUUCAUUUCCUCAUUGUCAUGUGUUAUCCUGGCCACAUUCUUAACAGUGUGGCCUGUCAGUUGAUCACUGUAAGUGGGAUUGUCAGGGGAGGAGCAGGAUAUUUGUGAGAGUCACAGAGUUGGUUGGGUUUCAGAUCUGUCAAUCAAUCACUAUGGGUGGGAUUUUCAGGGAAGGGGGUGGGAUGUUUUUGAGUCACAGGGUUGGUCAAGUUUCAGAGCUGUCAAUUAAUUAUAUGGGGUGGGAUUUUCAGGGAAGGAAGUAGAUUAGUAUUAAAUUACUAAUUAAAACACUUUUUCAAUAUAAUCUAUUGUGACAAAACCUAAGAAAAAUUGUUGUGUUCUGUUCAUAAAUAUGAAUUCCCCUUGUUAAGAAACAGCGUAGAAUUGCAGGAAAAUGGUUUUAAUAUUAUAAAUGCUCAAACAUUUUUGCACCCCCACUUUCAGACAAAGUCAGGUGCCCAUGUGUACCACUAGUUGUUUGGCUGGUUGUUGCUGCUUUUUAACAUAAUAUGCAUAGUACAUUGCAUAAAUAUUAUACACAUAUACACACAAUAGUAUUAUCCUGACCAUUUUUAUUCAACAGUAAAUUGCAUUGUGUUAUACUGUACAGUAAGUCACAUUCUACAGUCUUAGCAGUGUGGGUAAAACUUUACAUUAAGUUAAAUCUGUGUUAGAACAACUUAAUGUAAAGUGUUACCUCAGAGUGUAUCUGUAUUACUCAAUCCCUCUCUUUCCUUAGGGGGAUGACGGCCUACCAGUAUCAGGGUGUUGGAAUAAAGUAAGUGAAAGAGCGUUGAUUUCCUGCUGUGAACAUACAUUAUCUGCAUCUUGAGGUGAUAAAGUGCUUGGCAGUACUGCUUUUUAAAUGAUCUCCAUGCUAGUAUAAUCAACAACAGUCUGUCAUUGCUUAAUUUAUACUGUAGAAAAGUGCAUAAUUGUAUUCAUGUUCAUUGGGUCCUCAAUGAACAUUGCAUGAACUAAUGUGUGGUUUGUUGCCUCUUGUUUUCUCCUUGCAGUGACGAUAACUUCGGAGUGGCAUGUGUGAUUGUACAUAGAAUAUUUAUUUUUGUACUUUGUAUGUGCUUUCUUAUACUGAUGGAAAAAAAGAAAAUCAUAAAAAUAUGCCAGGAGUUUUGUACAGAUUGUUUAUUUUUAUUACUUGUAAUAAUGUUUAUGUAUUGGAUUUUAUAGCUAUGCAUUAUGUCAACAUGUUUGAAUAAGGAAGAAUUACAAUGUGGCUACAUAUGCAUGAUAUUUGUGCAUAAUGUGAAUGGAUAUUGCCUAUUAACUUAUUGUAUCAUGUGGUUUUGUUUUGUUGUGACCAUGCUGCACUGAAUUGUGGGGCUGGAAAGAUUAAGUGUUGGCUUCUUGAAAUAUCUUAGUUGAACCCUCUUUGUAGAGAUCAAAAUUAUGAAAAUGAACAGCAUUGCAAAUAAUUCCUGUCUAAACAUGUACACAACUCAAGUCAUGGUGACAGACAGCACUGUAUUUAGUCUGCACUGUACAGUACAGCCAUUUUAAUCACUAGCGCACAGAUACCCAUGGAUCCAUCCUAUUCUAACCAUUUAGGGUUCUGAUAUCAUAAACCCAUAAAGUGUUCUGAAUAUCCAGCAUGCCACACAAGCAAAUUUUGUUGCUGUCUCUGAAAGGGGAUCUCAUGAAGGUGGUUUCAACUAAGAUUGCCUGACCAUUUCAAGCUUUAAUUGUUCCCACCAAGGCAAAACAGCCAUUUUUAAAUAGAGAACAAAUACUUAGCAUUUGUUGCUUUUUCACUGGCUGGGUAGUUAUACAGCCAGAGUGACCAACCAUUCUAAGCUACAGCUUCACAUAUAACCUGACCUCAAUUUGUCCAAGUUAUCUGUAAAUAUAUUUUCUUAACCAAAUCUAAGGGGCCACCUCCUGCUUUUUGACUAUCAGGCUCUCUUUAACCGUAGUAGUUUGCCUUUUUGUUAGAACGUUAUCAAAUUGAUACAAACCCAUGUUACAAGCUUUCUCUUGGAUGACUGAAAUAUUGCUGCUCACCCUUAAGGCAUGCUGCUGCAACAGCCACAUAGCCUCUACGACCAGUGAACCUCAUCCAUUUAUUUAUAUGAAGAAAGCCAUUAAUGGACAAUUAAGAUAUUUUUUGUUAAGAAAUACCAGACUUUUUAAUUGUAGCUGUUUUAUAGGAGGUAGUAGCCUACGUCGCCCUCGCUAACUGUGUUUAUGAAUCAGUAUUGAAGAAAUGGAUGAAGGGGACUGGAGUAGAGUUGCUCCAUUACUGCUGCUCAUUGCAAAAAAGCUCUGUGUUCUGCUCUGCCUGGAAAUGUAUAGCUAGAUUAAGAGAUUGUUAGAUUACCACCUUCAAUAAAGUCUUCAUCAGGUUCUUAUACUUCAGACUAACGUGUGCCUUGUUCCUCUGCCUUGCUCUCCCAGUGUUAGAGUUCAACCCAAAGUUCAUGGGAAAUCAUUGAGAAUCUGUGUUCAAAUGGACAUUUAUGUUUGUUGAACUAAGAUUUUCAAAAUGACAAUCAGAAAUAAACAUACCAUUUGUAUAGUACAUACAGUUGUGUGCUUUAAAAAUAACACACA